AUGGGAGUUUCGGACGCCAGACACCGCUUGUACAUCGCAGGAGGCCCUGGAGGGUCAUCCAUCGCCCCACCGGCACACGAGUUCAUCGCAAGGAGCUUGGGCAAAGAUUGGACCAUGGAUUUCCUUCAGCUGAACAGUCCUACGGAAGUCAUCGAGAUAUACCGCCGGCCAGAUUUCAGAGGAGGCGUGGUAACCAUGCCUCAUAAACGCAGCAUAAUACCGAUGAUUGACGAGGUCGACAAUUAUGUUCGUGCGCUUUCAGCCUGCAAUUUGAUCUAUCCGGAUCUCAAAGGGCGCCUUUGUGGAACGAACACGGACUGGAUCGGCAUCAGCGAGUCGAUUUUGGUUCAUGAGCAAGAACAUCUUCCCGGACGGAUUGCCUUGGUGUAUGGUGCCGGGGGCGCUGCCCGCGCCGCUAUCUAUGCUCUUUUGCAGAUACUUAAAUGUUCCCAAGUCUACGUGAUCAAUCGCGACUCAAAGGAGGUGGAAGAUCAGGUUGCAGAUGUCUCGAAAUAUAACCGCACAGCGUCUUUAAAUGUGCUUCACAUACAAACCGUCAAUCGUGCCAGCACACUUUCCAGCCCGCAUUUCAUUGUCAGCACCGUGCCAGAUCAGGAUGCGAUCACGGAAGCUGAGGCGGAGGCCAGAAAGAUACUGGUCGAAUUCCUCUCUAGAGAAAGCAAGGGGCUGCUGGUCGAUAUGUGCUAUCACCCAUUAAGGACAAGAAACGUUCAACUGGCCGAAGAGAAUGGAUGGAGGACAGUCAAUGGCAUUGAGGUGAUAGGAUAUCAACUGAAAACGCAGUGGUCCUUUUUCGGAAGCCCAGAGAUUCCAGAUCGGGCUGCUGAAUUUCUACAAGCACUGGCAAAGGAUUAUGAUUCUCGAAAUGUGCACGAUCAUUAG